AUGUCAAUUAUGUCUGCGUCGAGUGUGAUAGUCUACGAUUCUUCGAACGGAGAAGAAAAAGAAGCGGCUCGGUCAGUUCAACAGUCCCAAAAUCCCGAGGUUCCAGAUGGAGGGUUUGGCUGGUUUGUGGUAGCGGCAUGCUUCAUCUAUAAUUUUUCGAGCUGGGGCGCCAAUUCGAGUUACGCCGUUUUCAUAGAGCAUUACAUCAACAAUGGCACGUUCAAGGGCGGAAGCAAUUUGAAUUUUGCAGCGAUAGGUGGGCUAACCUUUGGUACUGGAUUUCUGUUUGCCCCCAUUAUUACAUGGCUUUACAGACGUUUUGGACCCCGGCUCGUAAUAGGCAUGGGCGUUAUAUUUCAAGCCGCUGCUUUUAUGCUGGCCGCAUAUUCAAAAUACCUGUGGCAAUUGUACCUUACCCAAGGUGUUCUCCUCUCGUUCGGAUUGGCAUCAAUUUUCAUACCAAGCAUAACGUUGCUUCCGUUUUGGUUUCUUCGCAAGCGAGCACUUGCAAUGGGUCUUGCCAGCAGUGGAAGCGGGAUUGGUGGUAUUAUCUUCAAUUUGGCCACCGAAAAAAUCAUUGAGGUUCGAAGUGUCAAAUGGGCUUUGAUUAUUCAGUUUAUUAUAUGCUUGGUUCUCAAUACGAUUGCAUUGUUGUUCACCAGAACCAGAGAAAGUGCGGGCUCCAAAAAUUCAACCAAUGUCAUCAGACUGUUUGACAAGCAACUGUUUUCUACCGUCGGAUACUGGCUUUUGCUAGGAUGGAUUUCGUUCACGAUGUUCGGUUAUGUGAUUGUUCUUUUCUCCCUCUCUGAUUUUACUGUGAGCCUUGGAUACUCUUCCAAACAAGGCUCUUAUGUGACCUGCAUGAUAAGUGUAGGAUGGACAGUCGGAAGACCAAUCAUCGGGUUCUUAUCCGACAAGUUUGGUGCCAUUACUGUUGGAUUUUUAGUACAUCUGACAUUGGCCAUAUUAUGUUGGGCGAUGUGGAUUCCUUGUCGUAAUUUAGCCACUGCAAUUGCAUUUGCACUACUUCAAGGCUUACUGAUGGGUACCGUGUGGACUACGUUAGGCUCUGUUACCGCCAGGGUUGUGGGUCUCAAGAAGAUGAGUGCCGCUUUUGCAACCCUAUGGAUUGUUAUGGCUGCUUUCGGGAUAUCCGCGCCAAUCAUUGGUCUUGAACUAGCCAAUUCUAAUAGUUCUCGAGGACCAAACUAUACAAACACAGCGAUAUUCGCUGGGUUUGGAUACUUUGGAGCGGCCCUGUGUCAAUGGAUACUUCGUGGCUACAUUAUGGCACGUGACCAGAUCUCUAAUUCUUCGAAACAAGAUGCUAAUGAACUGGAUUACCAAACAGAACCCAUGAAGGUGCUGGUUGGAAUGUUUAAGUUCCAGAAUAUACCCAAAAAGAUCUGA